CUCUACUUGUACCUAACCAGAAAAAUUCUUGAUUUUAGAUAAAUUUGUUUGGCCUGGCCAAAAUUGUCAAGAAAUGGAGGCGGACAGCACGGUUCCAAUAGUGGAAAAAUCCCCAGAUUGUCGCACUAGCGGCGAUGGUAUGGAGCAGCCGGAAAACAAAGGAAAGACCAAAACAGAGAGUGAAAUCCAUGCGAAUGCUGAUGUGGACACCAAAAUUAAGAGGCCCCAAUUGUCUCGGAAGGAUAGCACUAUUGUUCAGGAGGCGGUUAUGGGCAGGAAGACCUCAACGAGCAGUGGCCAUGUCUCCAAUUUACCCUUACCGGGCCUUCAUACACUCUACAGACGCCCCGAGAUCGUUACCCGGAGUUUAGCACCCGUAAUGCCAAAGGGCGAACUAGUCCAGAUGCGUCCAAGAUUGGUAACUAAUUUAGAAACCCUGCCCGAACACAAGAAGACUAAAGCACCCAAAUUCGUUCCCUUCGAGCCCUAUCCGGGUGCUGUGAAUCCCAUGAUCUCCGAACCAACGAACAAACACAAAAUUCACAGAGAUAAGAACAACCUGGACAUCGCAGUACUGGUGGAUCAGGUGUCCACGUUGCGCACCCAGGAAUUGGACACGGAAACCAAGAAUCUUAUGCAAAACAACGAAGCUAGCAGUCAGGAAUUGAUCUCUCUUCAAGAGGAACUUGCUAAGACGCGCGAGGAACGAAACUACUUUCAAGCCCAGUACAAGUUCCAAACGCAGGUCAACAGCGAGCUAAAGAGCCUGCUAGUAGCCUCCGUAGGUGAGGAUCUACAGACUCGGGUCAAUCUCCUCACCGAGGACAAAUUACAAUUAGCUAGAGCGCUUCUGGACACUGCCAACAAUCUGACCACCCACACCGAGCAGAUUGAGUUUCUGGCCGGGCAAUGUGAGGUUUGGCGAUCCAAGUUUCUUGCCAGUAGCGUUAUGGUCGAGGAGCUAGCCCGUUGGAAAGCGGAUCUAACUCAGAAGAACCAGCUACUGAACGAGUCCACCAAGCAGCUGCUACAUGCUACCCACCAAAUCCGAGAGAUUCAGCUGGAUAUGCUCAAACAGUUGAAGUUCCUGGCCAAGAUCCGUUUCCUAAAUCUGCCCGCUACCGAUGUGAUCAGCCUGAGUGCAGAGAACCUAAAUAUUCUGCAACGCAUGGUCCUGCACUCUGGCGUGGGCAUUCCCGAAGAGACCCUCAAGUUGUCUAGCGCCAGUACGAGCCCACUUUGCGAGGCAGAAAAGUAUGCAGUAAGGGCCCUUGAAUUCAUUAGUCAGCCCUUGAUGGCCACCGAUGAAGCCAUACGAGCUCUUUUCGACCAAGCCCAGCGGCCUCACUAUGUGCAAUCAGCUCCCUCGGAGGUGGAUACCACCGACAAUCCACAACCGGAUAAAAAGCAAUAGUUCGUCAGUCUUAAGAAAUCACUGUGACAAGCGUUUAGGAGAUAUAAAUUUUAUAUAAAAUCAACAAAUAUGAAUCCGAAAA